AUGGAAGAAACUUUGAAGUCUCAUGAAUUAAAUAAAAUUGAAGGAGAAAAAGAAUUCAUAUCUUUUAACUGGAAUCAAAUAGCCACUGACAUAAAGGAUUUUAAAGGGGAGUGGUAUCUUGUUGCAUUUCGAUCCAUCGGAAAUAUAAACACAAAUAAUGAUUCUUUGUCUAUUGCUGAAGAAAAUGCUUAUAAUGAAGCAGAAAAACAUGGAGGGUUGCUUAAG